GCCAUCUUACCUUGUCGUCACAGAGCUGAGGACGUACCUUGUCCACCGUCGCCGACAUCAUACGAGCCACAAUGCCUCGUCCAACGCCAGGUCUUGCCCAUUUCUCCCAGCAGACCUCGCUGCACUCAUCCUAUCAGACACUCUCCAACGAUCUCUCAGCUCAGUCUCUUUCGACUCUCCACUCGCAGCUCGCCACAUUCCGCACUCACCUCCAAACGUUCGCGACGACCCAUCGUUCCAAAAUCCGACAAGACCCCAACUUCAGACAUGCGUUCCAGCAGAUGUGCGCCUCCAUAGGCGUCGACCCUCUCGCCGGUGCCAAGACGAGGGGCGCGAUGGGUCUAGGAGGACUCUGGGAAGGGCUCGGACUCGGAGAGUGGAUGAUUGAGCUGGGCGUGCAAGUCGUGGACGUAUGUGUCAGUACGCGAGAGAGAAACGGUGGGUUGAUCACCAUGGAGGAGCUCAUACGCAUCAUCUCCCGCCUACGCGGACUCUCUCCUCCCUCGUCCGGCUCUUCAGCCAGUGCGGGUGCGAUAACAGAGGAUGAUAUCUCGGCUGCCAUUCGCACCCUGGAACCGCUCAACGCAGGCUAUACCAUCAUCACCUUACCUCCCUCUCUAUCUUCCUCGCUUCCCUCCUCACACAACACGUCCCACAAACUCAUCCGCUCCGUGCCGUCCCCACUGGACUCAUCCAUACUUCCGAUCCUAUCCCUCGCACAUCUCCACAAUGGCCGUCUCUCCGUCUCUCUCCUCGUCUCUUCCCAAGGAUGGCCCGUCGAGAGAGCUCGAACGGCGCUUGAUAACAUGCUCCUACGGGACGGGACAUGCUGGCUAGAUGAACAGGGCGAGGGCGAGUCGGCUGAUGGGGAACCUGGUGGGAGAGCGUAUUGGGUACCGGCUGCGAUGCACUGGGAGGACUGAGGACUAUGUGUCUGACUGGGAUAUCGACCGUGAUAUGGUGUUCUGUGCGGAGCGCUUCGGUAAGCGCGAGACUGACCGUUGAGGUUAUCUUGUCAUCGCACCAAGUUGCGGACAGCCCGUUUAUGGAAAUAUGACUACCCCAAUACGCGCUGCGGAGAGCAAGCCCGGAGAAAGACGAGUUAGUUAUGUGUACGACUUGUGAUCAGAACUCUUAGAGCUGUACCCUUGUAUUUCUUGUAUCGUUUUUACUGUCAAUCCUCUGUGUGGC